UUGAUGAAUCUUGAAAUCUACGUUAAACCCAGUUCCUUAAAACCCAAAACCCAAAAAUUGAUCUUGCUAGAGAAGGAGGAGAAAUUCAUAUUACAAUUCGAUUAUAAAUAUGCAGAAAAGCUUCACUCUCUUACAGACAAUUGCAAUUUCAGGUGUAUUUUCUGCUGUUUCUGGCUGGUAUGGGUUCAUGUUUGGGAGAGAGUCAGCUAGGAAGGAGCUGGGAGGUUUGAUUGAAAGUCUUCGCAAUUCCAAUUUUGACUCCGUGUCACCUCCCGCUCCUCACUCUCAAGAGUAGCAGGUGCUAAGGAAAAGUGAUGAUGUGAGUUUGGACAACCGAAGAGAAUGAUGCCUCAUUUCUUGUUGAAGCUGAGACAACUGAAGGUACAUAGGUGUUGGUAGAAAACUCUUUGAGAUCGUGACAACAAUUUAGGUUUCAUGUUUCUCUUGUUCUUUUGCUGAAAAAUUAAUUUCGUCGUUGAUGAUAACUUAAUUGCCUUUACUAUUAAGAUAGAAGUUUGUAUAAUGAUAUUCUUCAUUGAGAAGAAAGUAGUAUAAUUGUAUUGGAUAUCAGGUUUAUUCUUUACGAUUGGCAUACUUUGCCCAUUCCAAGCAA